GACCCGCUCUGUUUCUGAAUCCCCUCUCUCUCUCUCUCUCUCUCUCUCUCUCUCUCUCUGUACCAAUCUCUCUUCGAUUUUUUUUUCUGCUCCCAUCAUAUCUCGGUGUCAAAAUCGCAGAUAGUAAAAACCAUAUAAUGCUCAAGACCAUACAGAUCUUGGGCUGUUCAUCUGGCUUGGUUAAGCCCCGAACUACUCGAACCACUUGUUGUAGCCUCUCCAUUUCUUCCAUCAAAUACAAACCAUUGUCAUCCUCCUCUCUCUCUUCUUCCAGAGCAACAACCCGUUUCUUAUUCCCGGCGCGCUCAGCUUCUUUCCGAGCUUUCACCAUGUCAGAGGCUCAUUCCGGGUCAAAGUCAAACCCAGCUGCUGCCCCUUCUUCUUCUUCUUCAUCAUCAUCAACUGUGGUUCAGUCAGUUGGCAAUGCUCGUAAAAUCAAAUUCUGUCAGUGGUGUGGUGGUGCAACAAAGCAUGAGGUACCUGAUGGCGAGGAGAAAAUAAGAGCUGUUUGUACAGUUUGUGAGAUAAUUGCUUAUGAAAAUCCAAAAAUGGUUGUGGGAUGUCUAAUUGUGCAUGAUAACAUGAUUCUACUUUGCAAGAGGAACAUUCAACCAUCAUAUGGUCUCUGGACUCUACCAGCAGGUUACCUAGAAAUUGGGGAAUCAGCUGCAGAAGGAGCAAUUAGGGAAACAUGGGAAGAAGCAUGCGCUGAAGUUGAAGUUGUUUCACCUUUUGCUCAAUUGGAUAUCCCUUUAAUUGGUCAGACUUACGUAAUUUUCUUAGCAAGGCUGAAGAACGGCCAGUUUUCACCAGGUCCAGAAUCAUCAGAAUGCCGAUUGUUUGCACUUGAUGAUAUACCAUUUGAGUCUCUGUCAUUCUCAUCAAUGGUAGUUACUUUAAAAUUGUAUAUUGAAGAUGUGAAGGCUGGGAAACUUAAGUUCCACUAUGGAACCAUUAAUAAAAGCCCUGGCACAAGUCCGUCGGAUAUUAAUGCGUAUACUUUGGAUUAUCAUCUUCAGUCCUGACAAUAUGGGUCAUAUGCCUCAAUUUCAUCUCUUGUACUUUUCAGUGAUAAUCCUCCAUCUUUGAAAUUCAUAAUGUUACUGUCUGCAGCUGGUCUAACAAUUGGAGCUGAAACUUUAAUCAAAUUGGUAAAGUUGGGGGUGUAAUCUAUGUUGAGAAAUGGACUUUAGUUUCUCUUUGCUCCAGAAUCUGUUCCAAAUUCUGCGUAGUGCCAACCGACUCAUCCAAAAUAUUGAUGCCCAUGAUUUCAGCACCUGAUCGAAGAGGAUGGCUCUACCUAUUCUCCAAUUGCCUGUCAAAUUCCCGCUGCUCAUGUAGAGAACCAAAUUGUAAUAACAAGAACAACAAUUCGAAGAUCAAUGAUAAUUCUUGUACAGGACAUAUGUAGCUCAUUCUCGUGUUCAGCAUGAGUUUUCAAUUCAAGCUUGAAUUUGUGACGAGA